UGCGGCGGCAGAAAGAUGGCGGCCACGGCCGGGCCCGUCACUGAGAAAGUUUCUACAAAGACUGGCUCGUACUAGUGCGUGCAGCCUCGGGCCCCGGUUCCCCUGGCUCAACACUUCCCCGUGCCAGUCGUAGGCUCAGUCCUCAAAGUCUCUUGUCGCCUUUUUACUUUGUGGGCCAGGGAGCAAGUUGAGAGCGGUGGCCAAAGCCGAGCCAGAUCACUGUAAACAAAAUUUCUACCUGAGAAAAUGUUGAAAUAAGAAUUACUGAAACGUUGGAUUUGUUGGAUGAAAUACAAGAAGUUAAAUAUUGUAACGUGAGGAAACAACCGGAAUUGCUGGAUUACAUGUGUAAAUCACUGCGUUACUGCUUUAGUCAUUGUCUCUAUCUAGCAAUGACAAGACUGGAAGAAGUAAAUAGGGAAGUAAAUAUGCAUUCUUCAGUGCGGUACCUUGGCUAUUUAGCCAGAAUAAACUUACUGGUGGCUAUUUGUUUAGGUCUUUAUGUAAGAUGGGAAAAAACAGCAAAUUCUUUAAUUUUGGUAAUUUUUAUUCUUGGUCUUUUUGUUCUUGGAAUUGCCAGCAUACUCUACUAUUAUUUUUCAAUGGAAGCAGCAAGCUUAAGUCUCUCCAAUCUUUGGUUUGGAUUCUUGCUUGGCCUUUUAUGUUUUCUUGAUAAUUCAUCUUUUAAAAAUGAUGUGAAAGAAGAAUCAACUAAAUACUUACUUCUAACUUCCAUAGUGUUAAGGAUAUUAUGUGCAUUAGUGGAAAGAAUUUCUGGUUAUGUCCGUCAUCGACCUACUUUACUAACCACGGUAGAAUUUCUGGAACUUGUUGGAUUUGCCAUUGCCAGCACAACUAUGUUGGUAGAGAAAUCUUUGAGUAUCAUUUUACUUGUUGUAGCCUUGGCCAUGCUGAUUAUUGACUUGAGAAUGAAGUCUUUCCUAGCUCUUCCAAACCUGGUUAUUUUUGCAGUGUUGUUAUUUUUUUCCUCAUUGGAAACUCCUCAAAAUCCAAUUGCUUUUGCAUGUUUUUUUAUUUGCCUAGUAACUGAUCCUUUCCUUGACAUUUAUUUUAGUGGACUUUCAGUAACUGAAAGAUGGAAACCCUUUUUGUACCGUGGAAGAAUUUGUAGAAGACUUUCUGUUGUUUUCAGUGGGAUGAUUGAACUUACAUUUUUUAUUUUGUCAGCAUUUAAACUUAGAGACACUCAUCUCUGGUAUUUUGUAAUACCGGGCUUUUCCAUUUUUGGAAUUUUCUGGAUGAUUUGCCAUAUUAUUUUUCUGUUAACUCUUUGGGGAUUCCAUACCAAAUUAAAUGACUGCCAUAAAGUAUAUUUUGCCCACAGGGCCGAUAACAAUAGCCUUGAUAGAAUCAUGGCAUCCAAAGGGAUGCGUCAUUUUUGCUUAAUUUCAGAGCAAUUAGUUUUCUUUAGCCUUCUUGCAACAGCAAUUUUGGGAGCAGUUUCCUGGCAGCAAACAAAUGGAAUCUUCUUGAGCAUGUUUCUGAUCGUUUUACCAUUGGAAUCCAUGGCUCAUGGACUCUUCCAUGAGUUGGGAAACUGUUUAGGAGGAACAUCUGUUGGAUAUGCUAUUGUGAUUCCCACCAACUUCUGCAGUCCUGAUGGUCAGCCAACACUACUUCCACCAGAACAUGUGCAGGAAUUAAAUUUGAGGUCUACCGGCAUGCUCAAUGCUAUCCAAAGAUUUUUUGCAUAUCAUAUGAUUGAAACCUACGGAUGUGACUAUUCGACAAGUGGACUGUCUUUUGAUACUCUACAUUCCAAACUGAAAGCUUUCCUUGAACUUCGGACUGUGGAUGGACCUAGACAUGAUACAUAUGUUUUGUAUUACAGUGGGCAUACCCAUGGCUCAGGAGAGUGGGCUCUAGCAGGUGGAGAUAUACUACGCCUUGACACCCUAUUAGAAUGGUGGAGAGAAAAGAAUGGUUCAUUCUGUUCCCGGCUUAUUAUCAUAUUAGAUACUGAGAAUUCGACUCCUUGGGUCAAAGAAGUGAGAAGGGUUAAUGAUCAGUAUAUUGCAGUGCAAGGAGCAGAAAUGCCAAAGACAGUAGAUAUUGAAGAAGCCGACCCACCACAGCUGGGUGACUUUACAAAGGAUUGGGUUGAAUACAACUGCAAUUCUAGUAAUAACAUCUGCUGGACUGAAAAGGGACGCACAGUGAAAGCAGUGUAUGGUGUGUCAAAACGCUGGAGUGACUAUACUCUGCACUUGCCAACAGGAAGUGAUGUGGCCAAGCACUGGAUGUUACACUUUCCUCGUAUUACAUAUCCACUUGUGCAUUUAGCAAAUUGGUUAUGUGGUCUGAACCUUUUUUGGAUUUGCAAGACUUGUUUUAGGUGCUUAAAAAGAUUAAAAAUGAGUUGGUUUCUUCCUACUGUGCUGGACACAGGACAAGGUUUUAAACUUGUCAAAUCUUAAUUUGGGCCCUUAAGAGGGUAUUAUUGUGAGUUCACAUUACCAGUUAUCACUAACUUGCCAUGUUUUUGUAUGCUGUAUUUUUAUUUGUGGAAAAUAUCUUGCUACUACUGUAGCUGCUCUCACUUUAUAUUUUCUCAAGUAAUUAUUGGAUUUUGGAGGUGUUGGGAAUAAGCAUUAUUUUAUAUUAAAAGUAUGCAAGACUAUGUAAAUGCAUAAGAGAUGUUAAAAAUAACAGUGCACUUUUCAGAAAUGUUCACAUUUGCCUCUAAUUAGAAAACAGUUGUCUGCAUCCUACAGUGGCCAGUGAAGAAUUACUAAUGCCUUGUUUUUAGGCAUACAUCAGAGAUUGUAGAUCUGAUAGAUUUGUUUACUGUUUUAAAACUACCAGUUUACUAACAAAUUUCUUUUUUGAGGACAGUUAGUCUUGAGUCCAAGGCCAUUUGAAGAACUAUAAACAUUUCUUAAGGAAGAGGUCUACCCAAAAUAAAUGCAAAAUUUGCUUAUGCUUAGUCAUAUUUGGGUAUUUUGGUUGUGAACUGUUACCACUAUAGCAGAGAAGCUCAAAUUCCCUUUUAGAUCAAAACAUUCUUCAUGUAGCUAAUCAUAUGAAGCUGGAGCCAACCAGUUGUUCCUUCAUGCAUAGUAAAGGCUCUGAAAGCACUGCUAAUUUUAAGAGUUUUUCUCAGGGUAACAAUGUUUUCUUAAUGAACAGUGUUUCAAGCUACAAAUUUCUGCAAAUAAAUUGUCUUUUCAAAAAGUAGUCUUAUAAAAGAAAUUUAGCAUUUUCUCAUUGUCUAAUUCAGUCUUUAAGUAUUCAAAAAACAUUUUCAGCUCUCUGGUGUUAAUAGGAAAAUUAUUUUUAAAAUUCCCAUUUGUGGUAACAUUUUUUUUUCUAUUGAAGUUAAAAAGAUAGGAAACAAGUCAUGUUUCCUUGUAUGCAUGCAUUAUGUAAAAUUCAUGUUUGCAGUUCUAGUUUUUAAAACUUAGUGUUUUAUCUUAGUAAAACAGGCAGUAUGAUCAGGCUAUCUCCUCUAAGAGGUAACUUAUUUCAUAUUCCCUUCCAGUGAUCCUUGCAUUCUAUAUUUCCAUCUUUUAGAAAUAUCAAGAGAGAAAUAUAAUUAAAUUGGGAGAUAAUCUAAUCUUUGUUUCUUAGUGACUUUUCACCAUUGAAGCCAUUUUUCCCAACUCAGAGAGAAGAAAUAAUGCCUCUACUAUUCUCUACUGGUGACUUAACUGGUUUAGUUAGGAAUAAGUCACUCAGUGUCUGGGAACUUGUAAACCAUGAUCUAUGCAGCAUUGUUAUGAUUAUUUCUGUGUUUCCAGUAUGAUUUUCUUUAAAACUUUGAAUAAAUUUUGUUAAAAAAUAAUUUUUCACUUAAUGUGCAAUGAAUAGUUACUGAAUGUUUUAGCAUAUUAAAAGUAAUAGUUAUAAAACAUGA